AUGGUGGCUAUUGAACAUCGUUCGAAGUCUUCGAAUACAACAACUUCAACAUCCAUAUUAUCGCCCACCUCAAAUUCAUCGGUUAAUUCGGCCACAACAUCGGUUACAUCGACCACUUCCCUUUCAACCAAAUCGACAACCACCCUUACGGUAAACAAGAAAAUGUCCACGGAACCAGAAACAUCGUCCUCGUCCAAAAGUGCUGUUAGCCAACGUCAAGUCGAGGCUAAGGUAUCGAAAAAAUCGCACAAGGAUAAGGACGGUGCUGCUGCUGCCACUAACAAUCAGGAAGCAACGAAGAAAUCACUCAAAUUGGAUUUGAAGGGCAAAGAAACCGAUUUGGAGUCACUCAAAUCGCCAAAGUCCCCGAUCGGAGGUCGCCUAACACACCAAACCUCACUGUCUUCGUCCGUUGAUGUAGAGGAUCGUAAAACGUUGCGUGAGGCCCUCUACCAGGGAAUAUUCCAUCGCCAUCGAAGAACUAUUUUCGCCUUUGGAAGUUUCCUGCGCAUGCUGCGUAGCCGCAACUCCCAGUACAACUCGAUACGCAGUGCAUCUGAGGGCGAGGCCGAGGUCGAGGAGGUCAGAUAAGAUGAGGAGAUGGUGGCGGUGGUGGAUGAUGGUAAACAUGACAUAAACCAUGAUGAAACUGGAAAAUAAACAAUUCACAUUUUUUUUAAAAGAAAAACUUAAGAAAUGUAUUUUAUAAAAUAAUAAUAAUAACAACAACAAUCGAUAAAACAAAAAUAUAUAUACAUAAUUAUAUAUACACACACACAUACAUACAUACAUAACAACAAACAAACAAAAAGAGCAUGUAUUGUAUUUAAGAAAUGGGAACAAAUUCAUAGAAUCCAUUUUUAUUUCGUUUUUCUCGUUUUCGUUCUAAAAACUAAAAAAAAAAACAAAUUGAAAAUUUUGUUAAAUUUCAAAGAAAGUUACAAAUAAUAAUAAUAAAAAAAGAAGAAACAGGUGAAUUAAACACUAUUUUUCGUAGAAAUUUAUAAGAGAAGAAAAAAGAAACUACCUACAUUUUAUAUGUAUGUACGAUAUAACGACUUGAUUAUAAUUAUACAUAUUAUAUAUCCAUUGGCUUUUUAAGUAUAACAAAAAACAAAAAUAAAGUAUCGAAACAAAACAAAUACAAGCUUAUAAUAAAAUAAAGGGAAAACUUCAAAUUAAUAACAUAUUCUUUAGUUGAGUACUUAUAAUCACAUUUAUCCAUACGAGUAUAAACUGAAACGUAUUUAUCAACCACCCAGGAUAUAUGACAAACAAAACAAAAACAAAAGCAAACAUUCCAGUUGUGUUGGUUUUCCCCACUUAAUUUCUUAUGUGAAUUCUUUUUUUUUUUUUUUGCAAUACUAACAAUAUUGAAUACAUAUUUAUGACAAAUUAAAGAGAGAGAAAAUUAUUAAUAAAAUCUAACAAAAAGUACAUUAUUGGCUGUAAACCGUUUAAUUUAUUUCCGUUUCUUUUUUGUCGUUCUGUUGGUGUUUUUCUAUUUCGUUAUUUGUUCCUUAUUAACUGUCUUGUUGCUGUGCACUGAGAAUCGUAAAAGUUACGACUUAUUAAGCAUGCCAUUCAUUUCUUUUUUUUUUCUACUGUUCCCCACCAAUUUUUUAUUCGUUUUUAAGUCCUCUAUUUAGUGAUUUACUUUCUUUUCUUUUACACAAUAAAGGUUUCAACUUGUUUACAAUGAUUUUUGCAAAAAUUACAAAAAGGAUUUAACCAUACGAAAACAAUUAAAAACAAAAAAACUAUAUUAAAACAAGUUUGAAUUAAAUUGAAAUUGUAUUAAAAUAUAAACAAAUCCGCAAAUUAUGUAUUCAAACCGAGACAUAGUAUAAAUGAAAACAUUAAAAAUUGAUGCCACAUACUCUCAGUUAACAAAAUAAGAAAUUUUAUAGUAUUUAUUGUUAGCAAUAGACGCGUCUACCAUUUCAUAUCGACUUAUAGACUUCUAUCAUCUAUCUAUCCUCUUGUUUUUUUAUUAUACUAUCGAAACAUAAAUUUCCCUUUUCCACUUCCAUUUUUAUAAUUCUACGGUUAUAGCAUUCUACUUUUUUUCAAACGAUUAGAAUUGCAUUCUUUGGAACGUUUUCCGAUAGAUGGAAUAACUUUAAUAGGCAAGGUGGAUUUUGAGGAGAUGAUAAAAAACGAAAUGGGAGCUGAUGCACUUACAUAAUUCCCAUGACAUACACUACCAUUGUGCCACUUGCUCGACUAAUUUAAAAUAUCUACAGUUGGCCGAAAUUAUUCAAACAUACUGUUCUUAGGUUACGUUAUAAUCGUAGCCAACGUCUCUAAAUCCUUAACACUAAUACAUACAUACAUUGCCUACUCCAUAUAUGGUAUUUAUAGAUAUGAAAAAAAUAUUCAAAGACGAACCAAAGACUCUGGGCCUUAUUCUGUAUAAUUUAUAACUACCAUUGAUUUUCUUAUCUUUUUCCAUUCGUUGUAUGAAACACUUUUGAUAAUAUCUCUCCUCCGAUUAAUUUCGAACGAUUCUUAAGUGGUGCUGAAAAAAAAAACAUUCGAUAAACGCCAUCGUCUUGUAUACUAUAUCCAAUAUCACAAAAAUCAAAUAUUUUAUAUUUCCAGAAAAAAGGACAACGAUGUUAUACAUUUUCUCUUACUCGUUUCUAUACCCACACUCACUAUAUUCUUCUUCUACUUCUAUGUGGAGUCUUUGGGCUAAAACGUAAAUGUUAAGAAUAUAAAAUUGCUAUAUAUACAUACAUUGCUGGAACAAAGCCUUAAUUAAAAUAUAUAUACAUACUUAGAACACAAACAUAUAUAGUUAUUCAUAAUGCAUAAAAAGCGUUAAAUAGAAAAAAUUAAAUUUAUGUAAAAAAAUCGAAAAUUAAUUAAAACAGCUUAGUAUUUGUUAAGAUUCGAAGUAAACACCUAACUAAAUUAACUAAAUUAGAUUAAAAAGAAUUCUGUUGGUUGCAGGUUGUUUAUAAAAAAAAUAAAACGACAAGAAAUCGCUUCUGUAAGAACAGAACAGACUCAUUUCAGAUAUGCAUUCGUGUCAGCAUUGAAUGACUGUAAAAUUUUUGAAAAUUGAUUGCAUGCAUUAAGCUAUGCCACAGUGCAAUUCAAAAUUAUUCUGGCAUCGCAUCGCAGAGCGAAAAUUUGACGAAACAAAAAUAUUCGUUUUAUAUUUAACAAAAACAAAAAAACAUUAAA